AUGAGGGUGAAAGAGGUGACAGUUCAAGGUUUGCUGACGCCUCUGGUCGAGAGGACGAGGACAAGAUGCGGACCGGAGCGCAAGCUGGAAGUCGUCGGUGAGGGGAGGAAGUGGAGACUUAUUUCGGUGAGGCGUGAACCAGACAUCCAUCGUCAACAUCAACACGUCAAGUCUGUCCUGUAUCCUACGAAUAUCAAGAUCGCGGAAAUCACCUACACCAAGAAGUCCCAUACAAGGAAUCUCUGGAAAGGAGCUCGAACAAGCAGAAACAUGGGACUGAACAAAGACGCAAGCCACACGUACGUGCACAUGCACCGCGCCCGCGACGCCGACCUAUUCGAGGACUUUUGCAAGGAGAGACUGCCGGACGACGAGGUGUACGUGCCACCCCAGCACCAGCCCAUCAACCCAGAGGACGAGGACGACGUCGUGCCGGACCAGCACGCGGCGUUUGGUAUCACCCAGGCGACGCAGAGGCAGCGCGAACCGGCAUGGAAGGACCUCGGGCUCGCGGGCCUGAUGAACCGCGGACCACCGCCGCCGGGCGGGUGGGCGCAGGCCCAGAGGGCGGGCGGCGGUGCUGGUGCUUCUGGCGGGUUGAGGUUGCCGCGGUAG